CUUUAUGCUGUUAUUAAUAUAUUAUUUUUAAAUAAAUUUCAGUUGUUCCGGAAUAAUGACACAGUCGAUUUAAUGACCGACAAUUAAAAUAGGAUGAAAUGGUUAUUAAAAAAUAAUUAUAUUUGAAUUUUGAUUAACAUUGAAAUUUCGAGUGGGACCCGUUUUCAUUUAGUAUUAUCCAUAUCAUAGUUGUGAUCAGACUGACAUUUUAUAUAGGACCAAGCCGAAAAAAUUACCUCCACGUAAAUUGACGCUAACUGUGACCAGAAUCAUGGAAAACUAUUCCGAUCCGGAGGAUUUCGACGAUAACGAACUUGACGAGUUCGAGGAUGCUAAUGACAUAACACUGCCUCAGGACAUGACCUUAGAGCGUGCGGUCGAAGAAGCACAGCUGGCCGUUAACUAUUUCUUCAACAAUGACUUCGACAAAGCUAAAAACUUGCUAAGCCCCUAUUCCAGCGUAAGCAUUUACCAUUCAUUGGGAUCGUCCGUCUUCCUCUUCUUGGAGGCUAUCCUAACCUUCGAGCAAAACUCCAUAAUCGAAGCUUCCAAGGCCUUGAAACAGUCGCUGAUAGUGUGCAACCGAUUCCGGAAGAAAAACACCAUAGGCGAGUCCCUGGGUAAAAUGGUGAAGAAAAACAACUUCGACCAGUUCACGGAGCUGGAAGCGCACGCCGAACUUUGUCACGCCGAAUGUCUACUGCUCAAGUCCAUGCUGACUUUCAUGGAGGACGAGACUUUGAGCAGCUUCAUCAAAGCUGGCAUCAAGAUCAGAUCCUGCUACAAUUCCUACAAGGACUGUCAGCAAAUAUUGAUGAAGAAGACUUGGAACAAAGACUCAACCAAAGUGCAUUUCGAAAGCGGCGUCAAGAUGGGUAUUGGCACCUUCAAUUUGAUGAUUUCAAUGCUUCCCUCCAGGGUUAUAAAAUUGUUGGAGUUCAUCGGAUUUUCCGGCAAUAAACAACUAGGGCUAGAUGACCUGCACAAAGGCUACCGCAUGGAUGGCAUCCGCCAAAUACUGUGCAUAAUGACCCUCCUCGGCUACAAUCUCAUUGUGAUGCACGUACUGAGCCACCGCGAGGGUGACGUAAAAAUUUGCGAGGAAAUCCUAGAGAAACAACUCAAGAAACACCCGGAGGGUGUUUGGUUCCUGUUUUUCAAAGGACGGUUGGAGUUUAUGAAGGGUGAUUUAGAUGCUAGUCUUGAAUGGUACACCAAAUCAUGGAAAUCUCAGAACGUUUGGCCGCAGUUCCAUCACAUUUGCUUCUGGGAGUUGCUGUGGGUGCACUGCUUGAAAACUGAGUGGCGUCAAGCAUUGGCGUUCAGCACGCAUUUGAUUGAGGACAGCAGGUGGUCCAAGAGUCUGUACAGUUACCAAAAGGCUUGCAUUAUGAUCAUGAUCAAAGAUCAGUUGACACCUGCAGAACUUGAAGAAGUCGACAAGCUCAUGAAAGACGUUCCUAAAUACAAGCAGAGAAUAGCCGGCAAGUCGUUGCCAAUGGAGAAGUUCGCAGUGAAGAAAUCCGAACGGUACUUCGCACAAAACAAAACUUUAAUCUUGCCAGUGUUAGAGCUGAUGUUCCUGUGGAAUCUCUUCAAAAUCCUCAAGAAUUUUAAAGUGGCUAACAACAUAUUCAAGUUGAUAGAGAAGGAACAGAUCAAUCUCAACUCCAGUUUGACGCCUUCCAAAUACGACACUGAUAAUAGAGCUUUAAUUUUAUUGCUGAAGGGAGCCUGUUUGAGACACAUGGGAAGUCCAUUGCAAGCCUUAGAAUGCUUCGAAACGGUCAUUCAGUUACAGAAAGAGAUUGUUGAGGAUACGUACGUCGUUCCUUAUGCUAUUGUCGAGUUGGCUUUGAUCGAAUGGCAGAACGGCAAAAGGGAGAAGGCUAUAUUGGCUCUGGAGGAUGCCAAGAAAAACUACACAGGAUACUCGUUGGAAUCCCGACUACAUUUCAGAAUACACACCGCUCUUUCGGAGUACAAAGCUGAAUUAAAGUCCUAAAUUUGUAUUAUUUUAUUAUUAAAUUCCUUCUGCAUUAAAUAUUUGUUGUAUUGUAUUAUAUAUUAAUUAGCACUGAAUGUACUCUUAUUCAAGGCUGUGUUGUUUCUAUUAUUCCAUGGAAGCUGCUAAAACUGGACAAGCCCAUUUCGAGAUUGUGCUGGCCAGUUCUAGAAACUAAAUUUGUUAUUAUUUUUUUUUAUUUUAAGUGACGUUUAUGGUUGACACUGUUAUUAACAAAUUAAUAUAUUGUUUUAUAUAAAUAUAUAUUCCUAGAUUUGUA